AUGGUUGAUGCUGCUCUGUUAAUAGAAGAUUCGGGACAAUACUAUCAACAAUGUGGGGGUUCACUAGUUUCCGAUCACCACGUAUUGACUGCCGCUCACUGUCUCGUUCAAAAAGGGUUGCAAUUAAAACCCGAGUCUGUAAUUGUCCGGUUGGGUCAGUACGACCUUACAAUGAAAGGUCACGACUUUAAAGUGGACAAAAUUUACAUUUUUCCUUAUUAUAAUAACCGCACCUAUGCCAAUGAUAUCGCCAUUUUGCAACUUAAUAAAAAAGUUGAUUUUAAAGACUUAAUUGAGCCGAUAGUUAUGGCAAUGCCGGGUGAGAAUCACCGGUUUGAGACUUCGGAAGUGACGGACAGUCAGAUUGGUUAUAUCGCCGGUUGGGGCCGAACUUCAGCCACUGGUGAUCACAGCGACAUCUUAUUGGAGGCACAGCUUAUGAUUGUGUCCCAAAUUGAGUGCCAACUGUCAUACAAAAAGAGCAUUAGGAUAGACAUGAGCCGCUUGUGUGCGAUCGCACCGUUAGAAUCGCUGACAGAAUCGGGAGAAACGAUGGACGCCUGUAAGGGAGACUCCGGCGGACCACUCAUUCAAUACGACCAAAUCGGAGAACAGUAUUAUUUGACAGGUGUCGUCAGUUUUGGCAAAAAAUGCGCC